AUGGCCACAGUCACAGCCAGCCCGUGGGGGGACGAGUCUGCAGCCCCGCACUUCAGCAAGUUCGCUCUGCACACCGACAGCGCCACAGGAAAUGAUGAGUGGCGGAAGCAGCCGCCCGCGCUCGUAAACGCCGCCGAUCCGCGCUUCCCCGACAGCGCGGUGGAUCUCUCCGACAUCUGCGGCGACUCGGACUCCGACAGCGUGGCGAACCUCUCCGACAUUUGCGGCUUCAACGACCUCAACUCGCCGCGCUCAGCCGUCUCCUCCCCCAGAAGCGGCCUCGGCAGCGCGCCGACCUCCCACCCUAACUCCGCGAACAACUCGGGGGCGCUCUCGAUAAUCUCCGAUACCCCCUCUAACACGUCUUCGGGUAACAGUCGCCCGUCGACGGGACGCGUGUCGCUCGCGCAGCAGCUGCUGCAGCAGCAGAAGGGCGGCAACGCGCGAUUCUCGUCGGUCAAUUCCGGGAGCAAGGGCACCACCGUGGCCUCCGUAGCGGGAAUCAGCGACUACGGCAGCUACACCGGGUCGCCCGUGACGCCGCUAAUGUCGAGCUUCAGCUGCGCGUCGUCUGACGCCUCGUGCCAGUCGCCGGCGAAUCGCGCGUGGCGACAAUCAAGCGACCCUCGCGCGGUGUCGCAGCAGACGGCGGUGAUGAGGGAAUCGUCGCUUCGCGAGAAACUCCUGCGAGCGAGCAGCGCGGCAGCCUCCGAAACCUCUUCGCAGAGCUCCUGGCACGAGCAGCAAUCGCAAGCCGCGUCCGCCUAUUCCGCCCGUGAGUCCGCUUCGGCGGCCGACGACUACUAUCGCGAGCCCGAGGAGAACGAGCAGGGCGAGCUCGACUUCUCAGACAUAAAAUCCGUCUGCCUUAACUUUGACGAGGCGCAGCAGCAAUCCGAGGAAAUGGAGUUUCAACGCGCGCGCCUCGAGACCGUCGACAUCGUUCCCCUCGCAUCCGGGCCGCGGAAUAGAUUUAUGUCGGCGGCCGCUGUCAGCAUGCCCGAACACGUUCUUUUCGCGCUCACGUUUUCCGACUCCCCCGCGCUUCGCCUGCCCGGAGACGAAUCCAUCAAGAAGCUAUUCCCGCUUAGCAUGCAGCAGCGCGCGGCGCAGAACAAACCGCAGGGUUUAGCGUACACACACGGUUCCGCUUUCGGCGGAAACGGAGGCACAAAGCGGAAUGAGAUCUUCCCCAGCUACCUAAGAAGCGACGCAGGUGCCGCCGCCUCAGCGCUUGGCAGUCGUUUUCCGCGCGCCGCCCUGCACGUGCGGCGCUCGUCCGCGACAAGCGGCGGACGAAGCGCCGCGACCACCGCGUCCGCCGCGUCGCACGAUUUCCGCAGACGAGCGAGUUUAACUCCCGGCGCUGUUCCCCCUGAGCGCGCCAGCCCGCCGGACUCCCCCGCUUUUUCCGCCGCUUUAGGAGAAUCUCGAGGACCAGCGGAAGAUCCGCGGGAAGUGACGUCAGCAGCACGCGAUGCGGAAGGGGGGAGAGGGGGCGGUAGUGCGGAGGACGACGGGGGAGGCGGGUGGUUUGAAUGGGGGGUGGCGGAAGGGCAAGGGGCAGGGCAAGGGGAAGCACAGGCAGGAGAAGAGGCGGAGGGGGAAGGGUGGGAUGCCACGUUUGCCACGUGGCAGUCAGAUGAGGGGGAGGGCUGGAAGGAUCUGACAGGCGGAUGGUCGUCAGACGAAGAAAUGACCAAGCGGUUCAGAUUGCGGAAUGGACGCGAGAUUCUCGAGGAGAGAGCUUUCCUGGUGGGAGUCGAGGUCCGGCCCUCUGCACCCACUUCCCCCUCCGCCGCCGCCUCUUCCUCCUCCUCCCCCUCCGCGCCCACACUCUUCCCCAUAGAGGAGUCUCUAGCGGAGCUGUCUCAGCUGGUGGAGACGGCCGGGCUGAGGGUCGUUGGCUCUACACAUCAAAGGGUAGCAAGCCCCGAUCCCCGAACGUACAUCGGGGCAGGCAAGGUGGAGGAGGUGCGAGCAGCAGUGGCGGGCAUGGGUGUGGAAACGGUGGUGUUUGACGAUGAGCUCAGCGCGGGUCAGCUGCGCAAUCUGGAGAAAGAGUUUGGCGGCGAUGUGAGGGUGUGUGAUCGCACGGCGCUCAUCAUUGACAUCUUCAGUCAACGCGCCAACACCAAGGAGGCUGCUCUGCAGGUGCAACUAGCUCAACUUGAGUAUCAACUGCCACGCCUGACCCGCAUGUGGACGCAUCUGGAGCGGCAGGCAGGCGGUAUGGUGAAGGGCAUGGGGGAAAAGCAGAUUGAGGUGGAUAAACGGAUCAUCAGAGAGCGGAUGGCAGCACUGAGGCGCAGUCUCACAUCAGUGCGCGAGCACCGGCAGCAGCACAGGGACCGGCGGGCAGGCCUGCCCAUCCCGGUGCUGUCACUGGUGGGAUACACCAACGCGGGCAAGAGCACGCUUCUCAAUCGGCUGACUGGGGCCGGUGUCCUGGCUGAAGACAAGCUGUUCGCCACUCUGGAUCCAACAACCCGCAGAACACAGCUACCCAACGGCAAGGAGUGUCUAUUGACGGACACAGUGGGGUUUACUCAGAAGCUGCCCACACAGCUGGUGGCAGCGUUCAGAGCCACGCUUGAGGAGAUCACCGAGGCGUCGGUGCUGCUGCAUGUGGUGGACGUCAGCCAUCCAAUGGCGGCGCAACAGGUGGCGGCGGUGCUGCAAGUGCUGGCUGAGCUGGACGUCUCCCACAUCCCCAUGCUCACCGUCCUCAAUAAGGUAGACCAAGUGUCCCCUGAUUGGCUGCAGCAGCAGCAGCGCCAGCUGGAAGCUAUCUUGGAUCAAAAUCCGGGCGGCAGAGCGAGCACUGCGGGCGGCAGAGAUGGCGGUGGGAGAGCGGGUGGGCGGCACAGGAUGGUGGCUGUGUCGGCAGUGACAGGCGAGGGCAUGGAUGGGCUGUUUCACGAGCUGGAAAUGAUGGUCAACGGUCUGCUGGUGAGCAUCGACGCCAUCAUCCCGUACCAGGAGGGGCAUCUGCUGGGGCUCGUGUACCAGCUGGGCGCCGUGGAUAGAGAGGAGCAUCUUCCUGAAGGCACGUUACUGUCAGCACAUGUGCCGCUGCGGGUGGCUCAGCUGCUGCUGCCGUACCGCUGGACUGCAGAGGAGUUGAAGACACGAAAAGGCCCUGCAGCUUAA